AGGCGUGGGGGUGCCAGAGUCUCUGUUUAUAAGCCCUGCGUCCGGGCUGCAUGCUGCAUCCCCCCUGCAGCCUCAGCCAUGCAGCGUCCGGCGGUCCUCGGCCUCCUCCUGGCCUGUGCAGCGUCUCUCUGCAGCUCCACUCAGGUCACCAAGAACGGCAGCCCUCUGGGCUGGGAUGAAACGGUGGGCCAGAUGAGCGAGCUGUCGACGCAGGACGGCACCGUGACCCCCAACCCCUGGCACUUCCCCGACCGCAUGAGUCUGUACCGGCUGAUGAUCGGUGCCACGGACCAGUACAUGGGCUCUAUGGGGACCAACGCCACCGACAGCCCGCUGUGGGGGCUGGCGCUGCAGCUGGCAUGGCUCUACAACUCCGGGCGUCUGGCCGACCCGACCGCCAGCACGACCUGCGGGCAGGCGACGGACAAGAGCUGCAUCUCUCCUCAGAGCUGGUGGAGCUGUGAGAACUACUACACCUCUGUGCUUCCCUUCCUGUCUGCCGUCCAGCAGGGUUUCCUCGGAUCAGACGUUCAGGUCCAGAUGAAGGUGCCUGAAGGCGUCACGGACUACUGCACCACCUACACCGACUGCACAACUCGCUUCCCCGAUGCCAUGAAGGGCUGGGAUGACUUCUUCAAGGGUCUGAAGGCCGCGGCCGAGUCCACUCAGCCCGACAACGAGAAGAAGGACACCAUCCUGGGUCAGUACUGGGCGGCACAGAUGGCUUCACUCGCUGCAACUACAGGAUGCAACGCCAAGCAGAGCCACUACCCCUCUGAGGAGGUGUCCUUCGCCAACAGCUGGCUGAGCGGCGCCGACUAUCUGGCCGCCGCUCACUUCCAGACCAACAUGGAGAGAGCUGAGAAGUUCGUGGUCCCUCUGCCGGCUCGAGUUCUGAAGAAGGACGACUCUGCGCCCUACAUCGAGGACCUGAGCGCGGAGGAGAACCACACCGUGUACAUCUUCAGCUGGAUGAAGAGGAUCAACACCAUGCUCUUUGGGACUCUGCUCCGUCUGUGGAAGAGCGCCAUGUGCUCAGUGAGCACCAGGGAGAAGGGCAGAGAGCUGCUGGAGCAGCUCCUCCUCAACCCCAGCUUCGCCACCGCCAGCUUCAUGUCCAUCAUCAAAGACAUGUCCUCGAGCUGCUGAGGAGCUCCAGAAUGUAACAGCAGCCCGUCGCUGCACCUGAAAAACCCGAGAAUGUAAAGCGGAGUCGCUAAGCGGCAGACUGCUGAAGUCAUCGUGAGUCGCUCUGCUGUGAACAUGUGCUCUGAACUGAACUGUCAACCGCGUUCCACUGUCAACAAU